AUGAUGCUCGGGAUUCUCCAGGGGAUGCGUGAGGGUACGUUCGGCGAUGAUCUUCGUAUCAUCAAGGCCAGGGGUUGCAGAGAAGAGGGUGGAGGCAAGAUGUCGCUUGUUGGACGCUGGAAGCCGGUCAAUGCGCGAAGCUGCACCGACUACAACUUCUACCUCAAAGAUGUCAGAAACUUCAUCAGCCAGUGUUCGAAACGAACGACUCUAAAUUUCGAUGUAGAGACACCUUUGAUUGAAGCGUCGAAAUUCAAGGGAGACGAGUUCAACGUCUUCUUCUCGAAACUUCAAAAAUUUGAAGUUUGUAUUGAGGUCCGGUACACCAAACUUAAACGGAUAGCAUUUCCAGCCAUCAGGGAAAAAGCCAGGGCCAGGUGUUCGGGAAAGCUAGCGGCAAUUGUGAUUCGCGACAAUCCUUACCUGGAGGAGAUAGUCUUCGGUAAGUCAAACAAUGUUAGAGCUAAUGCCAUACCGACGCUCAUGGUGCGAGGAAAUCGAAAGCUUACCAAUAACACCAUCAACAAAUUGAAGCAAUUAAAAGCUGGUGGACGAAGAUCGAAACGGAAUACCAUUCAAGUUUACGGA